AUGGUUCUACGAUUGGUGGUACCAGUUCUGAUUUUGUCUGUAGUUAGUGCUCAAUGGUGGAAUAGUGGUUGGGGCGGCGGUGGCUGGGGAGGUCGAUGGGGUGGCCAUCACCAUCAUGGAUGGAAUGGUGGUCAAAAUAACGGGGGACAAGGCCAGCAACAAGGCGGUUUUGGAGGCCGAGGGCAAGGACAGGGUGGCUUCGGAGGUCAACAACAAGGUGGCCAAGGAGGCCAAGGAGGCUUCGGUGGACAGGGACAGAGUGGCUUUGGUGGACAGCAGCAAGGAGGAUUCGGAGGACAACAAGGAGGCUUUGGGCAACAAGGACAAGGUGGAUUUGGUGGUCAACAACAGGGUGGCUUUGGUGGGCAAGGAGGAUUUGGGCAGCAAGGACAAGGUGGAUUCGGAGGACAGCAACAAGGAGGUUUUGGUGGUCAGGGACAGACUGGAUUCGGAGGACAGAGUCAAUUGGGCGGUCAACAACAGGGCGGAUUUGGUGGUCGAGGCUGGAGGACAAUUUGGUGGACAACAAGGAGGAAUGGGUGCACAAACUGGUGCUUCAUGGGGCCAAGGUCAAUAAAUCAAACAAUCAUCUCAUCCCCUCCAUCUUUCUCUGACUUAACUUUGACAACACUUUGUUUCAAUUUGGCAAUGAGGCUU